AAAAUAUUUGAAGAUACAGGCAAUUCCAUAGUGCAGCGUGAAACACAGAUACUAUUUUACCGACCAUGCUUCGUGCGGAGGAAGUGAAAGAGGAGUUUCUUAUAUGCGCGAUCUGCACUAAGGAGUUCGAUGAAGAAAUUUACAUUCCCCGUGUUCUACCAUGCCUUCAUACAUUUUGUCAGGCAUGUAUGAAGAAAAUUCUCAAACAAAAUCUUCUGGUUUGUCCAUUCUGCAAGGUGGAGUAUGCUCUCCCGAGUGAUGGGAUUUAUGUAUUUCCAAAAGAUUCCACGCGGCGAAACCUGAUAGAAUUCCUUAGAGUACGAAAGAGGUCCUCCGAUAUCCUCUGUAAAGAUUGUCCAGACGAUAAUAUCGCUGCAGAUUUUUGUAAGGAAUGUUGUAUUUUUAUGUGUGUGGAGUGCACACGUGCGCACAAAAGAAGUCUCGCAUCACGUGGUCAUGUUACCAUGAAUAUUAAGCAACUGCAGUCCAGUGGACCAGAAAUCUUCCGAAGGAAACUUAAGUGUACAAAGCUUGGCCAUGAGGGCCAACCAUUGGCGUUUUACUGUACCAGGAAAGGUUGUGACCAGUUAGUUUGCACUGCCUGCACCGUGUGUGACCACGACAAAUCAAAAGGUCACACUAUACUAAACGUGAAAGAUAUUCAUGACCAGAAAACUGCAGAAUUGAAAAAGAUCUUCAAAAUGUUAGAUGAUGAUGUAAACACUGCGAAAAUGAUUUGUCAACAAACUGAACAGGAGCUGUUGAACAUAGAUAUAAAAGAAUUCGAAAUCGAAAAGGAAAUUGAGGACACGUUUGAGUUGUGUCACAACGCGCUUGAUCUACGAAAACGAGAAAUAAAGUCAAACCUAGCUGCUUUGUGUGAGAACAAAAAAUCUUCAAUGCAGUAUAAAACUAAGAAUUUGGAAUCGUUUGUCGAAGAUGUUACAAGUGCGAAGGACUUUGCCGAUAGCAUUGUUCACCACGCCGAUCCAACCGAAUUCAUUCCUCUUCAUCUGACACUGUACCGCCGCCUCAAAAUGCUAACGGGUCAGAAAUUUAAGAAAACCAUGCAGGUUGAGUCACCUAUAUUUGAUCCAUCAAGAAUGGACGAUGAAUUCCAAAGGCUCGUUAGGGGUAUGGGGCAACUGAGCACAACAAUCCACACACGAAAAUUGAACUUCCGGCGUGGUCGAACGGACGUGGGGACAUCUGAAGCACCGACACCGUCUGUCGAAGGUGACGUCAGAAUUGGAGAUAUUCUUUGUCCUGCUUUUGUGUACGACUCCGACACUGUUCAUCAAUAUAGGGAAAUUAGUGAGGAUCUGAGAUCUCUCAAAAACCAGACAAUGGGUUACACCGUCCAGCUUCCCCACAGUGAGAGGAGGCUGAAAAAAUAUCGCGGAGUCAUCGGCAGCAGGCCUUUCCAGCAACCCGGGAAACACUAUUUCGAGGUUCAUGUUGACUUCCAGAUACAUAAAAAAUUAGACAAUGUCAACUUCGUAUUUGAAAUCGGCCUCAUUAACCGUCGUGGUGAUGUUGACCAAGGACACUAUGUGUAUGAUCACAGCAACGCUUGGUCGUUUUGUGCACAACACUGCGAAGAGCACAUGCAGCUUUGUCAGUGGUGCCGACAUGGCGGCCGCAACCUCUCGCACACCCCUCUUUCUGGCAUAGAUGCUGGGACCGUGGUGGACAUCACGUACGGAUUUCUAGUGGACACUGACCAAAGGAAAUUGAUUGUAGUGGACUGUACGAAUCAGAAGAAACUUCAUACAUUUACUAACCUGGAGGUCACUCGUCCUCUCUGGCCUGUGUUUGGAUGUCAUUGGCCAAGCAAGAUCAAGAUAGAUAUGUCUCUCAGAACAGGCAAUGAUAUCAACAAUAUUUCUCCUCUUCUACGCACUCAGCAAUGAAAGGUGGUGAAAUGUCUGUAUUCCAAACAGCAAACAUUUUUAUACAUAAUUUAAAGACAAUACGACAGUAUUCGGAAUUUUUAGCUCACCUGAGCUCAAAGCUCAGGUGAACUUUUAGGAUCACCUUUUGUCUGUCUGUAAACUUUUCACAUUUCUUCUUCUCCAGAAUCACCGGACCAAUUACAAUCAAACUUAGUACAAAUCAUUCUUGGAUGAAGGGGAUUCAAGUAUGUUCAAAUGAAGGGUAAUCUUGCCUUUAAAGGGGAGAUAAUCACGAAAACACAAAAAUAUGGUGGGUCAUUUAAAAAUCUUCUCAAGAAUCAGUGGGCCAGAAAAGUGAUGAAAACUUCCUAGGGGCUCACGGCGGGUGUGACCGGUCAAUAGGGGAUGCUUACUCCUCCUAGGCACCUGGUCCCACCUCUGGUGUGUCCAGGGGUCCGUGUUUGCCCAACUAUCUAUUUUUAUGCUGAUAUAUAGGAAAAAUCUUUUAAAAUGUUCUUAAAAAUCAAUGGGCUAGAAAAGUUAAAAUUUACAUGAAAGUUUCUAGACUUAGAGUUAAUUUAAGCUUGUGCAAAUCGUGAUUCCUGGGGAUGGGGUGGGCCACAAUAGAGAAUAAAAGUUUUAUAUUAUGCUGAUAUAUAGGAAAAAUCUUUUAGAAUAUCUGUUUAAGCCAGGACUUUCAUAUUUUGUAUAUACAUGUACAUUUUUUGCAGCAUGACCUUUCAUGUGUUGCAAUGGUGUGUGAUCUUGUGACCUUGACCUGGAAGUUUGACACUUAAUUUUAAUAAAAACCUGACCUAUUCAA